UUCCCUGCUGACUUCGACAUCGUUUUUUGUGUAUGGUUAAACAUGACUAUCAAUCAUUAUAACAACGUUUAUAGAUCAUAAAAGUCGAAAAAGCAUAAUAGGUCCCCUUUAAGUAUUUUGGUAUCGGAUUCUACCUCUCUCUUUGUGUUGGUGGUUCAAAUGGAGAAGGAGAGACACUAGAUCUUUCUUCACGGCCGAAAAUGUCUACUAAUUUGGUCCCACAGCUGGUGGCCUUCAUAGCCCCGCAUGCUACGGAAGGAAUCCCUCCUUUGUGGACCGGCAGAACGCUUUCAGAGAUUCAGACCACAUCCUGCAAGCCUCAAACUGCAGUUAGGAAAUGCGCCAGGCUGGCACCGAGCGAGAUGAUGCAACGCGAGGCCAACCGGCGCCCUCGCCCCCCGGUGGAGAGGCUGAGCACCGCGGCUCCACCGCCACGCCCCCCGGUGGAGAGGCUGAGCACCGCGGCUCCACCACCACGCCCCCCGGUGGAGAGGCUGAGCACUGCGGCUCCACCACCACGCCCCCCGGUGGAGAGGCUGAGCACCGCGGCUCCACCACCACGCCCCCCGGUGGAGAGGCUGAGCACCGCGGCUCCACCACCACGCCCCCCGGUGGAGAGGCUGAGCACCACCACGCCCCCCGGUGGAGAGGCUGAGCACCGCGGCUCCACCACCACGCCCCCCGGUGGAGAGGCUGAGCACCGCGGCUCCACCGCCUCGCCCCCCGGUGGAGAGGCUGAGCACCGCGGCUCCACCACCACGCCCCCCGGUGGAGAGGCUGAGCACCGCGUCUCCACCGCUACGCCCCCCGGUGGAGAGGCUGAGCACCGCGGCUCCACCACCACGCCCCCCGGUGGAGAGGCUGAGCACCGCGGCUCCACCACCACGCCCCCCGGUGGAGAGGCUGAGCACCGCGGACAGGGUCUGAGGCUGGGGGCCUGCCUCUGUCGUUAAACAAGUUACCACAUGUUUGGUCGGCUAACCCUGAGGUUAG